AAUUAGAAAAAGACAAUCUGUCAAGUUUGUCAAACUCAAAACAACGCUAAGGUUAUAGCAAAUUGGAAUGUAAAUAAUGAUAAUUAUUAAACAGUUCUUAAGUGUGUAUACAUAAAGGGUGAGAUACUCCUUAGUAAGAUACUUACAGGAAGCAGUAUUUCACAACUCCAGCCAGAUGAGUAUGCCAUCGCACGAUGCCGGUUCAGAUCUAUUUCAACAGUUUCCACCAAACCGGAUUAUAGUUAUUCACCCCGGAUCACUCUACGUACGUAUCGGGAGAGCGUCUGAUCUCAUACCAGUGAAGCAACUACACUGCAUCGCCAGAAAACGUCGUCAUGGCGGCAAAAUCUACCGCGAUCCAUUCAUCCCACCAAGUGUGCCAAAAACAAAGGAAUUGAUCGAGGAACUGGAAGAAUGUAGGCUGCAGAUCUCCCACACACUGCAGUCUUGCGUCCAGUCUAACGGAGCAAGGAGGUAUGCAACCCCUCCGCAACAAAUUGCUGCAUUUAACCGCCGUUCUCUCCCCGAAGGCGUUUCAGACGGCGAACCCUGGCCUCAAGUACAGUGCGACAUUGUUGUUGGGGACCUCGUUCUCGACAUUGAUCCUGAACUGCCUUACAACAUACAUUUCCCAUACCGUAGAGGAGAUUUCAAUAUACAUACAGAAGUAGGGGGUUCAAUUUCUUCUGUAUUAAAUGAUUUGUAUACAAUAUGGAGUUCAAUAAUAGAGUAUAAGCUAGGUAUACCUCUGAUAGAGCUUAUAAAAUACCGAUGUGUAUUGCUUAUACCUGAUUUGUACUCACGGGGUCAUUUGAAGUAUUUAAUGUCUCUUUUAUUAAAAGAUUUGGGUUUCGGCCACUGUUUCCUGGUGCAGGAAAGUGUUGGCGCUACAUUUGGAGCAGGUAUUGGGUCUGCUUGUGUAGUGGACAUUGGAGAUCAGAAAACAGCUAUAUCAUGUGUUGAAGAUGGAAUCUCACAUAAAACAACCAGGUUACGAAUGGAUUACGGAGCAGGAGAUGUUUGUCAAACACUCUCCUGGAUGUUCCACAAAAGUGCAUUUCCAUAUAAAAAUUGGAAUGAAAAUGUACCCAGAGAUGUAGUAUUGAUGCGUAAUUUGUAUGAGAAUUUUUGUCAUAUAAACUUAGACGUGUGUGGGCCUCAAGAAAAGAAUUUUCUUGUUGAUCAUCCUGGUGAUACAGUCAAUAAAUAUACACUGCAAGUGGGUGAUGAAUGUAUUAUAUCACCUUUAUCAAUGUUCUAUACAGAUUUACUGAAGAUAACUGGUUUGAAAUCUACAAAAAUUCAGAAUCGGCAACCGAGUGAUCCAGAAGAUCCGUUUGAUGCAGAAUUCCUGAGAGAAACAGGAAGGAAGAAAGAGUCAGCUGAUCCAGCGGCUAAUGAAAGCCAGCAAUUUGAAGCUGUCAAUGAAUCACAGCCUCAAACAAACAAUGAUGAAGAUAUUGUAGUUGAUACACUUGAAGGUGGUCCAGGGGACGUGCUGUCACUUACUCCUGGUCAAGUGCUGGCUAUAGAUGCAGCGAUACUGCAGAGUAUAGACCGGUGUCCCAGUGAAGAGUUGAAACGUAAAAUGUACAGUAGUAUAUUAAUAGUUGGAGGGGGUGUUAAGGUCCAUGGAAUAUCUUUAUGGCUACAAAAUAGGUUAGCAUUGCAAAUCCCAUAUACUUACAAGACAGAGCAGCUGGAGAUAGUGACUUCUCCUAAGGAUAUUGACCCAGCAAGUACAGUUUGGAAAGGAGCAGCAGUCAUGUCUUGUUUAGAGUCCGCAAUAGAGCUAUGGAUUAGUCAAAGCGAAUGGAACAAAUUUGGAUUAAGAAUAUUGCGAGAAAGAGCUCCAUUUAUAUGGUGAAAAUAUAAUACAAAAAUUAUAUU